AUGGAACCACUAGAUGGUGCACCACCAGCCAUUGCUAUUGUUGGAAUAGGUCUGAAGCUCCCUGGCGGUAUCACAACGACUAAUGAGUACUGGGAUCUCCUCAUAAAUAAGAGAAACACACGACGACAGGUACCUGCGAAUCGAUAUGGAGCACACGCCUUCGAGAGCCAGCUGGGAACGCCUGGUACGUUGAAAAGUACAUACGGACACUAUUUAGACCGCGAUCUGGAGAAAUGGGACGCAUCAUUCUUUUCCAUGAGCAAAGCCGAAGUCGAGAAGCUUGAUCCGCAACACAAGCUGCUACUGGAAGUGAUUUGGGAAUGCAUGGAGAAUGGCGGACAAAAGAAUUGGCGCGGCCGCAACAUUGGCUGUUAUGUCGGCGUCUUUGGUGAAGAUUGGCUGGAUCUAUACGCCAAAGACCCUCAGCAUCUCGGUACGCACCGAAUCUUAACUGGAGGGGAUUUCGCAUUGUCCAACCGCGCGUCUUAUGAGUAUGACUUGAAGGGUCCUAGCAUGACCAUUCGCACUGCGUGCUCAUCCUCGCUUGUUGCACUCCACGAGGCCUGUCAAGCCAUUUAUACGGGCGAGUGUGAGUCUGCAGUCGUUGCUGGGACCAGUCUAUUCCUGUCGCCAACUAUGACAAUUGCCUUAUCCGAACAGGGAGUCCUCUCACCAACGGGCUCAUCAAUCAAUGCAAUCUUCAUCAAGAAGCUUGAAGAUGCUAUUCGUGAUGGUGAUCCGAUUCGAGGCGUCAUCAGAGCUACAGCCACAAAUUUUGACGGUAAGACUGUUGGUAUUACAAAUCCUAACCAGGAGGCACAUGUAGCUCUCAUGCGUCGUGCUUAUAGCGUAGCCAAGAUAUCCAAUAUUAGUGAUACAGCAUUUGUGGAAUGUCAUGGAACUGGUACAUCAGUCGGAGAUCCGAUGGAAACAGGGGCGGUAGGCCAAUUCUUUGGCAACCAUGGUAUUUAUAUUGGAUCAGUGAAACCCAACAUUGGCCACGGUGAGGGUGCAUCUGGUUUGAACAGCUUGAUCAAGGCUGUCUUGUCUCUGGAACAUGAGACAAUCCCACCACAGGUCAACUUUUCCGAGCCUAGUCCCAAAAUCAAAUGGGAUAAAUAUCAUUUCAGAGUCCCAACAGAGCCAACUCCAUGGCCAAAGGACCGCCUAAAGCGUGUAUCUGUGAAUUGCUUCGGUGUGGGAGGUGCCAACGCUCAUGUUAUUGUUGAUUCAGCAAGGCCAUACGUCUCACAAAAAGAAAAGAUUAAUGCCGCUCUCCCACAACUACUGGUCGUUUCCGCCCACCAGUCUGAUUCAUUAAAACAAAGAGCGGCUGAGAUAUUCAGUUAUGCUAAACAACAUCCAGAUCGGCUGCCAGACCUUUCAUACACUCUGGGAGAGAGAAGAGAAGACUUAGGCCAGCGAGCCUUUGCUAUUUAUGAUGGCGUGAACCCUCCCGAGCUCUCCCCCAUAGUCAAGCACAAGGGCCCCCCUCAAGUCAACUUCGUCUUUACUGGACAAGGGGCUCAGUGGGCAGGAAUGGGUGCCGACCUUCUGGAACAGUAUUCAUCAUUUCAAAGUGACAUACGAAAAAUGGAUGAUACUCUUAAGAAACUGUCACAUCCUCCACAAUGGACAAUAGAAGAAGAGCUCAAAAGACCCCAUGGAGAAAGCAAGAUUCAACAACCAGAAUUUUCGCAGCCAAUAUGCACAGCUCUUCAAAUAGGUCUCGUCAAUCUCAUCAAAGGAUGGGGCGUUAUCCCUAUGGCUGUGGUCGGCCACUCCAGCGGCGAGAUGGGCGCUGCCUAUGCAGCUGGUGCUUUGACUCUCGAAUCAGCCAUCAUAAUCGCUUACUAUCGCGGCCAAGUCACACAACAUCAUGGGCGAGUUGGUGCUAUGGCAGCCGUCGGCCUCGGUCGCGAAGACGUCACGACCUAUCUUCAGGAUGGGGUUGUGAUGGCGUGUGAGAACAGCCCCAAGAGUGUUACUUUGUCGGGAGACGUGGAUCGUCUAGAUGAGGUGAUUUCUAGUAUCAAAAAAGACAUACCCGACUGCUUUACUCGUAAGCUGAGAGUUGAAAGAGCUUACCAUUCACAUCACAUGUGUGAGAUUGGCGAUAUAUACGAGAAGUUACUUGAUGGCCUCGUAAAAGAUGCAAAGCCCGCCGUGCCAUUCUUCUCCAGCGUCAACAAAAAGCAGAUCAAGAGAGCUGGCCAGCUGGGGCCAUCGUACUGGAGACAAAAUUUAGAUAAUCCAGUCUUGUUUUCGCCAGCAGUUCAGCUUAUGAUGCACUCUGCUACUAGAAACACAGUCUAUCUUGAGAUAGGCCCCCAUGCCGCUCUCUCUGGCCCGCUUCGAGAUAUAUUCAAGUCUAUCCACAUGUCCCAUACAUCAACUUACAUUCCGACACUGAUUAGAGAUGAAAAUGGACCUAAAUCCAUCCUCAGCUCACUUGGGCGUCUAUACCAAGAGGCUGUCCCGGUUAACAUUGCGGCCACAACGGUAGGCCGUACUGUGCUAACAGACCUUCCCAAUUACGCCUGGCAGCAUGAUACCGUAUGCUGGUAUGAAAGUCGAGUCUCACGGGAAUGGCGUCUUCGAAAAUUUCCUCCUCACGAACUCCUUGGAAACCGCAUUCUCGAAUCUGAUGAUUUGGAGCCUUCUUGGAGAAACAUUUUCCGGUUGGAUAAUGUUCCUUGGGCUAGGGAUCAUAAGAUUCAAGAUGAUAUUGUUCUACCUGCUGCAGCUUAUAUCGCAAUGGCCAUUGAGGCUGUAAGACAGCUUAAUGAUGGCGGUAAAACGGAUGCGUCUCUAAGACAGGUGGACAUCCAAAAUGCCUUGGUAUUAAAGGAACAACAAGUACACGAAAUUGUUACACAUCUUCGACCAGUUCGUCUUACCUCAAAGCUUAAUUCAGCUUGGUACGAAUUCUCCAUUUCAUCGUUCAACGGCACCUCCUGGACGAAACACAGCACUGGCAAAGUCCGGGCAGGAAAGGAAAUUGGUGCUGGCUCCGAAGAUGUCGGAGGACAACCGCGUCAAGUUUCCACUGCCGGAUGGUACCGCAUCAUGAAGAAAGUUGGAUUGAAUUACGGCCCUGAAUUCCAGGGCUUAUCCGACAUUUCAGCCUACCCAGGGCGGAAUACCGCUGCUGCUACUAUCAAGAAUCGCGAUCCAACAAUAGGUCCCUACUAUCCUUUGCACCCCAGUAUUAUCGAUCUGGUACUCCAAGCUUUUACCGUAGCGAUUGCCGAUGGGCUAACUCGCCGACUAAAACAGCUUUGUGUGCCAACUUAUAUCGAUGAGUUAUAUAUAAACAAUGGUCAGCCAGAGAUGCGCCUCGGCACGGCUGCAGUAUCAAGCGCAACGGGAGCAAUUCGCGGCUCUGCAACCAUCAUGGCAGAUAAUGAAUUAAUUUUGAGUCUAAGAAACGGGGAGUUUAGUCCUCUAGAGAGUGGCGAUACAGAUGAAGCUUUUCCGCUACCCGCUGCCCACUUACACUGGAAACCCCAUGUUGAUUUCAUUGCUCCAAAUAACCUCAUUCAAUCAGUUCGUUCGCCUCCAGGCGAAGUGGCUACAGUUGAAAAGUUAGCUCUUUUAUACCAAUUAGACGUGCUUCGACGUUUCGAACGGCUUUCACCCCCUGCCCAUCUGGCACACUUUCACAAAUGGCUCCUUAAGCAACGUACAAAGGCUCUCAACGGGAAGUACGAGCAUGUGUCUGAUUGCACACGUCUCGCUCGCCUCAACUCAAAGAAAGCCAAAGCAGAGAUAGAAGCUACAAAGAAGCUCCUUCUACACACUAGCUGCGCCAAAAUCUCUCUGCUUCUUAGUCGACUGGCUGCAGCAGCUGAGGCAAUCUUUAAGGGCGAAGAGAACGCCGAUGACUUACUCAAGCAAGACCCGGGAUUUGAUGACUUGUGCGGGUUUAUCAGUGGGAAGAGUGAUUUCUCAGUGUUGCUUGGCUCUCUGGCUCAUGCCUAUCCAACGAUGAGAGUAUUGGAGCUGGGAUCCGGGUCCAUAUGUACCACUCCUAAGGCUGUAAAAGCCCUCAUCAACUCAGCCGGCGAGCGCAGUUACAGCAAAUACAUCUACACAGCCCAAAGCGAAGAAAUUCUCCAGCUUGCCCGUAAGGGACUGGAGGGAUAUGACAAUAUCGAGUACAAGAUCCUGGAUAUCUCCAAGGACCCUAAAUCACAAGACUUUGACCUUUCUUUAUUCGAUCUUAUCAUAGCCAACAGAACCCUUCAUUUGUCUUCUCAUAUUCAAGAUACCCUUCAAAAUGUUCAUAAACUCAUAAAACCAAAUGGUCGAUUACUUAUCCAAGAAUUGUCACCUAGUGCGAAUUUUUAUAAAUUCAUAAUGGGAUUCACUCCACAGUGGUGGAAAGAUAUGGCAGAUGAUCGCAUUGACGAGCGCCUGUGUGAGGCACACCAAUGGCAUGAGAUUCUCAUGGAUACUGGGUUCUCGGGGAGCGAAGGCCUAAUUAUGGACGAUGACCAUAUUACCGCGAAUAUUCUCACAAGCGUAACUGCUCCUAUUCGCGAGCCUGGAAAGCUCACUCUCCUUGGGCAUCUCAAUUCCCGGGAUCACACAUAUGCUCUUUCUGAGUUACUUAGUGAGCAAGGCUAUGAGGUCGAAUUCCGUACUCUUACACAAGAGCCUGAUCCGGAGGCAGAUGUCAUCUCCCUCUUAGACCUCCAUGACACAAUGUUCUUUGAGAUGACUGAAGAUACUUUUGCUGCAUGGCAGAACUAUAUUGGCAAGUUUCCUGCUGAAAGGGGGCUAUUAUGGGUAACUGGCCACGCUCAGGUCGGGUCACAAGACCCUCGAUACGCGACUACCAUUGGAGCAACUCGCAAUAUUAGAUCUGAGCUCUCCCUAGACUUUGCUACAUUAGAGAUGGACUUAACAAAUUUCGACGCCGAAAGUGUUCUAUAUGUUUUCCACAAAUUCUGCAACAGAGUCAAGAACGAUGAAUUUGAUCCUGAUUGGGAGUACGCAAUUGUUAAUGGAAGAGUCAUGAUCCCGCGAUACCAGUGGAUAGAUAUCACAGAACAUAUGGGAGAAGCGCCAUCUACAAAGUUCAACUCCCCCAAAAAGCUCGAAAUUGCUCGCCUGGGUCAACUCCAAACGCUACAAUGGGUAGAGAAUGAAGCAGUCACUAUUCAAGGUGAUCAGGUUGAGAUUGAACCCCGAGCAGUCGGUAUGAACUUCAAGGAUAUUCUUGUUGCCAUGGGAAUUGUUGAAGGCUACAAGCCUGGCCUCGGGAUAGAGUGUUCCGGCGUCGUCCGUAAAGUUGGCAAAAAUGUCAAAGGUCUCUCCUCUGGCGAUCGAGGCAUGUCAGUUCUCGUCCAUUCCGCCUGUGGUGGAGUUGGUAUUGCGGCACUUAACAUUUGUAAAAUGAUAGGCGCCGUGAUAUACGCGACUGUUGGUAAUGCUGAGAAAGUCCAGUAUCUGAUAGAUAACUUUGGGAUUCCUCGCGAGCACAUCUUCAACUCUCGUGAUGCUUCAUUCUACGGCGAGCUUAUGGCCGUCACAAAAGGGCAAGGAGCCGAUCUAGUGCUUAACUCUUUGUCAGGAGAAUUGUUGCACAUGUCGUGGAAAUGCGUUGCUCCUUUUGGCAAAAUGCUAGAGAUUGGAAAACGCGACUUCAUCGGCAGGGGGCAACUUGGGAUGGAAAUAUUCGAGUCUAAUCGCUCAUUUCAUGGCAUUGACAUGUCGCAAAUGGCCGUUGAAAGGCCAGAUAUGUGUAAGAAAAUUCUACAACAAUUCAACAAGUAUUAUGAGAAGGGCGUUAUCAAGCCUAUCACGCCUAUAAAGUCAUUUCAGGCCACGGAUAUCAUCGAGGCUUUCCGAUACAUGCAGAAGGGGCAGCACAUCGGCAAGAUUGUUGUGUCUAUGCCAACAGACCCAUCAGAUCUCCAAGCGGCGACAAAACUUCGAAGUAUAAAGUUCAAAAAUGACAGAACAUAUCUGCUAGUUGGAGGUCUCGGCGGCUUGGGCAAAUCUGUCUCCAAUUGGAUGGUAGAGAAUGGCGCCCGUCACAUAAUGUACUUGUCACGAUCCGCUGGAGAUUCCAAACAAGAUAAGAGGUUUUUUCAGGAGAUUGAAGCACAAGGGUGUUCAGUCCAGGCCAUCAAGGGGAGUGUCACACUCUUGCAUGAUGUUUAUCGGGCGGUGGAACAGGCGACAAUGCCAAUUGCAGGCGUUUUCUUAAUGACCAUGGUUCUAAGGGACCGCUGUAUUCUGCAGCUUUCUCACGAUGACUGGUUUACAGCCGCCGGACCCAAAGUGGACGGCGCCAUCAACCUCCAUCAAGCUUUGGAACACUGCGAUUUGGACUUUUUCACCCUAUUCAGCUCCAUCUCCUAUGUAGUAGGCCAAGUGGGCCAGGCAAACUACUCAGCAGCCAAUGCUUAUCUGACGGCGUUUGCUCAAUUUCGUCACCAGCAGGGCUUGCCUGCCGGUGUGGUGAAUGUAGGUGUUGUGGACGACGUUGGAUAUGUGGUUGAGAACCCAGCUCUCCUGGAGCAGUUUCGUGCUCUGAGCUUCUACACGAUGGGAGAAACUGAUCUUCACGAUGCCCUCGCUUAUACAAUGUCUCAUCAACAUCCAUCAGCAUCCUCUUCGGACGAUGGUUUCUUCAACCCAGCGGAGCUCGCCGUUGGCCUCAAGAGCACGAAGCCGCUCUCUGAUCCCAACAAUCGCUCUAUAUGGAGGCGCGACCGACGCAUGGCCCAAGCACAUCUCCAAGAUGCUGGUGCAAUUUCUGAUUCUUCGGCCGGAUCCGAGGACUUUGGCCAUUUUAUGAAGAGCGUCAAUACUAGCCCCUCGCUGCUUGAUACACCGAGCAACCUCGACUUUCUGACUGCUCAGAUUGGCAUGUGCAUUUACAACCUGAUGUCACGAGACGUCAAGGAUCUAGACCUCGGCCUGAGUUUGACCCAGCUGGGGGUUGACUCGCUUGUUGCCAUUGAGAUUCGUAAUUGGUGGCGCCGUACGCUUGGAGUCAACCUCAGCGUACUUGAGUUUAUGAGUGCUGGAAGCAUUGCCAACUUGGGCAAGUUGGCUGCCAAGGCCAUUAAGGAAACCUACAGAGCCGCAUAG